AUGGCCGCCGAAUUCGAGACCCUCUCCUACCCCCACAAGACCAGCGAAUACACCUACCGCGUGCCCACCCCACCCCGCAUCGUCGUGCCCCCACCAACCCUCAACUCCGACGCCCUGCCCAGCAUAACCCUCUCCGCCCUCCAAUCCGCCAACUUCCUCAACAAUAUCAACUACACCAACCUCGUGACUCAAAACGCCCUCAUCGAAUGGACCUACGAGCGCCGCCGCGAAGCCCAAAUGAUCCUUCCAUUCCUCUACCUCGGUCCCAUGACUGCAGCUAAAGACGAGAGCUUCUUGCGCGGCGAGACGGGCCAUGGGGUUGGUGAGACCAGAGUACCCGGCAGUAUCACGAUGGUAUUGGGAGUGAGACAAAAACACAGUUUCGAGAGCAAACUCAUGCACGGCGCGCUUAGGAAGCCACGGGCCCUGGGGAUUGUGUGCGAGACGGUGGAUCUGGCGAAUAACCAAGACUUGAUCCAGAAGUUCCCGCAGACGACGGCGAUGAUCAAUGAUCACCUCGCACAGUACUUUCGGCAGACUGGGAAGACGGGCAAGGUGCUGGUGGUGUGUGAGUCUGGUAACGAGAGGGGCGCAGGGGUCGUGGCGGCGUACUUGAUGGGCACGCACACGGAUGUGGAUUUCAUCAAAGCCAUGCAGCUCGUGCAGGCGCAGAGGUUCUGUGCGAAUUUCGACGAUGCGAUGAAGAGGCUUCUGCAGGGGUACUGGGAUAUUCUGUGUGCGACGAGGCAAGUCGCUGCAGUGAACGAGUCGAAUCACGAUAGCAACGGGACAGUGACUGUGCCUUUGUCCGGUCCGCAGAAUGCAUCGACUAAGCGAGGCUUGCAGCGUGAUGAGGAUGAGGACAUGGAUGGCAUUGACGAGGACGAUCUGGAGAGGUUCGGCGGGAGGACAUUUGCGCCUUUUACCGACCAGACACUUUGA